AUGUCGGAGGCGGUGGAUCUGUCCUUCCUGUCGGACGCGGAGAGGGAUUUGAUCCUGCAGGUCCUGCAGCGUGACGAGGAGCUCCGCAAAGCAGAGGAGAGGAGAAUCAGGCGCCUGAAGAACGAGCUGCUGGAGAUCCGGCGCAAGGGGGCCAAGCGGGGCAGCCAGCGCUACAGCGAGCGGACCUGCGCCCGCUGCCAGCAGAGCCUGGGCCGCGUCGGCCCCAAGGCCAACACCUGCCGGGGCUGCAACCACUUGGUGUGUCGGGACUGUCGUUCCUAUGGCCCCAACAGCUCCUGGCGCUGCAAAGUCUGCACCAAGGAGGCUGAGCUGAAGAAGACGACGGGUGACUGGUUCUAUGACCAGAGAGUCAACCGCUUCGCCAACCGUCUGGGCAGCGACAUGGUGCGGCUGUCCCUGCGGCACAAGUCGGCAGCCAGCAAAAGGGAGACUGUGGGACAAACCCUCCUCCAGAAAGCCCAGCUUGGAGAGCCCAAAAACCCCUCCGCAGCCCGGCAGCAGAGCCCCCCGGCACCCCGGGAGGGGCCCAGUUUGUUUCUGGAUGCCUCAGAUCCUCGGGAUGGCAAAAGCGACACAGAGUCCAUGGAAAACAUGAGCCUGGACGGCUACAGACCUAGUCCUGGUGGUGUGGGGGGCAGGAGGAACUCCCUGGAGAGAGCUGCCCCUCUCAGAGUUGGAAAACAGGUAGCUAUGCCAGCAGGACCUGCUGCCACCAGCCUGACCCUCCCUCUUCGCUCCAAAAACACCUUCUCUGACAGACGGGUGCGUGAUGCCAUCGUGGGGAGCUGCAGCAGCGCCUUGGUGGACGAACAUGAAACGAUAUUCAAGAAGAAUCCCCGACGGGUGUUGAGGCCUGCAGACUACACCAAGUCAGUGAUCGACCUGCGCCCGGAGGACUUUGUGGGGGAAGGUGGCUCUUUGGGGGACAGGAGCAAGUCGGUCCCUGGCCUCAACAUGGAGCUGGAGGAGGAGGAGGAGGACAUCGAUAACCUGGUGGAGAUCCAUCGCCAGAGAGUGGCCCGGGGCAGCAUGCGCAGCGGCACCUCCUCGAGCACGCUGGGGAGCAUGGUCAGCAUUUACAGUGAGGCCGGCGACUUCGGCAAUGUCGCGGUCACCGGGGGAAUCUCCUUCUCCCUGAGCUACGAGCAGAAGACGCAGACCUUGUUCAUUCACGUGAAGGAGUGUCGCCAGCUGGCCUACGGGGACGAGAGCAAGAAGCGCUCCAACCCGUAUGUGAAGACAUACCUCCUGCCUGACAAAUCCCGGCAAGGGAAACGCAAGACAACCAUCAAACGCAACACCAUCAACCCCCUGUACAACGAGCUGCUGAAGUAUGAGAUUAACAAGUCCCUCCUGCUUGCAAGGACGUUGCAGUUUUCAGUCUGGCACCACGAUCGUUUUGGCCGCAAUACAUUCCUGGGGGAGGUGGAGGUCCCACUGGAUGCCUGGAACUUCGAGAGCCACCUGGAGGAGUUUCUACCCCUGCACGGCAAGAUUGGGGUGGAUGCUGCUGGUCUCCACCAGUACAAGGGGGAGCUGGUUGUCUCAAUGAAGUACAUCCCAUCUUCCAAGCACCCUGGGGCUGGGAAUGGCCGGAAAGGCAAAACAGGGGAAGGUGGUGAGCUCCAGGUCUGGAUCAAAGAAGCCAAGAACCUCACGGCUGCCAAAUCUGGGGGUACCUCAGACAGCUUUGUCAAGGGCUACCUCCUGCCACACAAAAACAAAGCCUCCAAGAGGAAAACGCCUGUGGUGAAGAAGACCCUGAACCCUCAUUACAACCACACCUUUGUCUACAACGGCAUCAACCCUGAGGACCUGCAGCACAUCUGCCUGGAGCUGACAGUCUGGGACCGGGAGCCACUAUCCAGCAACGACUUCCUUGGGGGUGUCCGUCUCGGGGUGGGCAAUGGCAUGAGCAAUGGGCAGGCUGUGGACUGGAUGGACUCCACAGGUGAGGAGCUGAACCUGUGGCAGAAGAUGCGCCAGUACCCAGGCUCGUGGGCAGAGGGGACGCUUCAGCUCCGCUCCACCAUGGCCAAGCUGAGGCCAUAGGCUGCUGCACCAGCACUGGGACUUGGCUGAGGGCAGGCACUGCUGCUUGGGAGCCAUGCAUGCUGCAUGGCCUGGCAGGGCUGUCAAAUGUGGGUUGGUUUUUUUGUUUCGUUUUUUUUCUUAUACUUUAAUAAACAUGACCUUCUCUAAA